GAACCAGUUCGAGUCCACAUAGUGGUGAGUGAGUGGAGUGACUGUGAGACAGGGAGAGGCAAGGACACUACUCUCGAGGAAAAAGUCAGGCAACAGGCUGAAAUCUACAAGACGCGAUGGAGACCCUCGAGAAGAGUCGCGUUUGUCGACUCUGUGGAAAGCACUCGGGCAUCUCCAUUGACAUUUUCGACAAAAAUGAGAGCCACGUCAAGAAAAUCAACGCGAUCCUUCCAGUCUUGGUGCACGAGAUGGACCUGCUGCCGAAGCAAAUGUGCCACCGAUGUAGCUACAAACUCGAAGAGUUCCACAAGUUCUACAUCGACUGUCUGAAAACAGACGCAGCCCUAAAGAAUCAGCUGUCUUGGAUGCGCAAGGACAACCAGAAGGAGAGAAUCGGUGUGCCAAUGGUGCACAUUGAGAAUGUCAAGAUCAAAACCGAGCCCCACGAGAUCGAUCCCCUCCUCGAAACUGUCAGUCUCGUCGAAUUCCCCGUUUCCGGCGUCCAGACCGGCCUCCCCGACUGCAUAAUGUACACGUCCUUCGCGAACAGCUCGCGCUGCCAAUGCUACUGUGAUAAAGCCGACCCCACGCGACAAGUCAUAUCCAAAGACUGCGCGCAUCCGCAACUCGAUCUCCGAAAAAGCACCGACCUCACCACCUAUCACCGUCUCAAUGGCAUCAGCGAGCAACACCCCGACCCCGAGAUCCUCUGGAAGAAGCGGAAAAACCUCUUUGGCCUCACUGCGGAUCCGCCCAAGUCCACCAACCAGGAGAAGCCUUCAGCGGCUCCGGCAUUCGCCGAAAACGGUACCUUGCCGAAAGCGGAAACAGUGCCGCGAACUCUCAGGCCGCGGAAACGGUCUGUGGACUAUGUCGGGACGAAAAGAAAAGCCACGGCGACAGAUGCCGAGAACGGGAUGAAGAGCGUCGAAAUUGGCGGCGAGCUCAUCGUCAUCAAGGACGAGCCUCUCGAGACGGGGGAGGAGGAGGGGGUCGAGCCGCUCCGCACACUCAGGCCGCGGAAGAAUGCCGAAGGCGAGGAGGCGACUGAAGAGAAUCGCUCGAAGAGUGCCGAGCGCUGUAGAAAGCGCGUCAAGACGAGUAGCGUCAAGCCAAGGCGAAGCAAUAGUCUCGCGCAGGAAGUGCUGGUACGCGAGAUCAAGCAGGAAAUCCUCGAUAUUACUGACGACGGCGAGGAGCUGAUACUCAGACUGAAAACGGAGCCGCGCGAUCUCGACUCGCCUUCAGUCACGAGUCCGCGCAAGCGAAAAGAAGCGCCUAAAGUGGCGCAAGAGGUGCCGCCGAAGGAGGUGAAGCUCGGGCCCAGAAUCAACAAAGAUGAACUCCUAGUGAAAGCCAUCGAUAUUUGUAAAGAGGGCCUCGGUUUUAGUAAAGUGGGCGGGAAAACGGGUGGCGGCCUCGUCGGGAAAGAGGAGUUUAAGGUGGGUAGGGUACUUGUGAAGAGGAGCUCGAAGGUCUGUUUCUCGCCGAAGAACCUCCGCAGUCAGGAUCUUCAUCUUCGAAGCGGGAAAGUGAAAGUGAAGGACGCUCUCAAACCUCCACAAUUUCGUCGAGAUUUCAAGAAGAAUCAUGAAAAAUUGGCCGAAAGCGCCAAAAUGAAAGUCCUCAAGUUAGCCAAUGUGGAUCUGAAGCAACUCUGUGAAAAGUGCAAUAUCAGCUUUGCGAACAAAGAACUUUUUAGACUGCACGCUUGUUACAGCAAUUGAGAAUUCUUUGCUCGGACUUUCUAAACCAUCCCCUCACAUUAAAAAAAAUUUUUUUUAUCAAAUCUUGUUAUCCACGAGGGAUUUUCAGGGGCCGUCCAUAAUCUUAAGAUAAGUCGCGGUUCCUUCGGACAACGAGAAAUUCAUGAAAAUGAGUAGACAAAUCUCGGGCGUCGAUUUUUUUCUUGCUCCAAUAACACAUGCGUGGUGGCGCCAUCUAGCGGUAGCCCGUCGAUGUAAAAAACGUAAGUCUUUGAAACGAUAGAUGGCGCCACCAAAUGAGGCAGUGUGGCCGUUCCGUUUACUGCGUAUCUGGCAUGACGCACUUUCUUUACAUUUAUGCACAAUUUUUUUCAAAUAUUUUCAGCCGUUUUUUAUUUAAUAGAAUUUAUUUAUGUGCUACUAAAUAAUUAGGAGGUACUACGAUAAAAAGAGGGAAAAUUUAAACAAUAUGUGCCUCACGAAAUCCUUUUUUCGUUCUGAUUUUCCAAGACCUUUGAUCUGAAAUUUCUCCCAUUUGGUGAGAAAAUGUUUCCCUUUUUUCAGAUUUAAAAAAAUAUGUUUUAUGCCGAAUAUUCGAAAAAUGAUUUUUUUUUAAAGUUAGGACAAGUUUUAAUUUAGAAAAAAUGUCUUCCUACAGUAGAAAUUGUUGUCAGCGAGGUAAGUAAUAUUUCCUGAGAGUUUUCUUUUUUUUUUUUUUUGAAACAUUCUCAGGGAUGAAGUUGACUAAUAGAAACCUUGAAAUUUUUUUCUCUAACCAAACAGAAUUUUAGGGACACAUAGCAUUCUAAUAAAUUAUUCUUGGCAUUGCAUACGAUGGAGUAAUUUAAAUUGUCGAAAUUAACGGCUUAAACCACUGUAGAGCACGAAAAAAUAGGCAUAUUUCGGGAAUUUUUUUGUUGGCUCAAUAAAGAGAUCAAUCGAAAUUUGAUAAAAUGGGAUUUAUAAUACUAAUAAUAAUGUACAGAAAAUAUUGUUUUCAAAUUCGUUCAUGGCCGAAUUGCGGCUGCGCAGCAUUUCUCCUUCGGCGCAUUUUUUUAAGGUGUUCUCGGCCGAAAACCUCAAUCACGCAAUUUUUGAUCUGGAUAAAAAAAGCAAAGCUUUUUCGAUUCUACAGAAGAACAGCAAGAGACUUACGUAGGAUUUUUUCUCGAUCUAUUGAUUUUUCGCGACAUGGUGCCCUUUUGAAAAAAAAAAGAUGACAAUUUCAUGAAAAAAAUCGUUACAAAAUUGUUUAUGAAAAAACUAUGCAAUAUAUAAAAAAAAUCCUACAUAUGUCACUGGAGAAAGCAAUUUUGAAUAUAUUUUUAAAAUUUCAGAUCGAUCGGUGAGAAUUUCUUCGAGUUAUGUUUCCGGCCAGUUCAUAAAAAGUGGUUUCGAGAAAAA